AUGGCGACCCCUUCUGUCCCUGCUGACAAGGAGUCCUCCCCCGCGACUGCUCCUGCGCCUCCCAUCGAAACCCCGCAGAACCAACCGACUGCCCAACCAAGGGAUGAUGAGGACUCGGACUUUGACGAACUAGAUGAGGUCCUAGAUGAUUUCUCCAAACCGAAGGCUCCUCAGCCCGCACCGCCUGCGCCAUCGGCCAACACGAUCGGCGCCGGUGCGGCACCGGCUGAUUUCGAUGAAGAUGCUUUCCUGAAAGAGUUGGAGAAAAACAUGGCUAGUAUGAUGGGCGAUGGUGGAGCUGCCGCUGGACUUGCGGCCGGGGCUGGAGCCGGAGCUGGAGCUGAUGCAGCUGGGGGAGCCGAUUUCCAAAAUUUCCAGCAAUCCUUAGAGGGGGGUGCCGAUGCCUUUGCCAAACAGCUCGAGGAUAGUGGAAUCCCGCCUGGGGACUUUUUGAAACAACUACUUGCUGAUGUGAUGGCCGAGGAGGGUGGUAGCGGUGCUGGUAUGGAUGCUGCCGCUGCAUUGAGCGGUGCUACAUCCUCACCUGCACCCGCUGCGACUGCGUCUUCUACACCGGGUGUCAACUCCGACCAGCCUGCUGAAUCUUUCAAUGAAGCUAUUCAGCGGACCAUGGAGCGGAUGCAGGACUCUGGAAAUCGCGCUACGGAGGCCGCGUCUGCGGACGAUGGGCUAUCAGAAGAUAUGCUUGCCCAGUUACUCAAGGCUGUCGAGGCCGGUGCCUCUGGUGGAGGUGAAGAUGGCGGUGACCUUACCAAGAUGUUUAUGGGUAUGAUGGAGCAGCUCUCCAAUAAGGAGAUGCUUUACGAGCCCAUGAAGGAGCUGGAUGGCAAAUUCGGUCCCUGGAUCGAGAAGAAUAAGACCGAGGGCAAGGUCCCUGCGGCAGAUAUGGAACGUUAUGAAACACAAGCACGCAUUGUCAAACAGAUUGUGACGAAGUUCGAGGAGACAGGGUACUCGGAUGAGGAUCCGAAAUGCCGCGAGUAUGUUUGGGAGCGCAUGCAAGAGAUGCAAGCAGCUGGGAGCCCACCGGAGGAACUCAUUUCCAACCCUCUCAUGGGUGAUCUUGGAGGAGCAGCUGCGGGAGCGAUGCCCGAGGGAAUGCCCGAUUGCCCGCAACAAUAA